UACGUUUUUGGUCGUGAUACGCGUUGGUUCUGUUCAGCGGACUAUUUUCGGUAAUAACGUGUGCGCGUUAGUAAGUGUAUAGUGUCUGUGUAAGAAACAAAAAAUAUAUAUUUUUAGUGUACCACAUCAAAAAUUGUCUUCAAUUCGUCUUGAUUAAACUAAAAUUUUCAACAAAAUAUUAAUGUUUAUGUGUAAAAAGUUUUAACCGACAUACAAAAAAAUAAAAGUGAAAGUAAAAAAAAUACAAAUUCAACAGAAACGACAUUCCAAUAACUUUUAAUUCCCCCCUUAUUAAAGGAAGGGGUUUCGUUUUAAAAACUCAACGUUUAAGGAACGCAAGUUCUUUACACACAACCAACACACACAAAUUCGACAAAAUGGGGCGGCAGUCGUCUAGUACGCUGGCCGUCGUCCUGCUGGUUGCUGUUUUAGGCACCACAACUGCAAUGAUAAAUUCACCGCCUCGCAUUAUCAAACAACCGCCCACUGAUGAACUACUAUUUAAAGUUGCUCAACAAAAUAAAGAAAGUGAUAAACCCUUUAUCAUCGAAUGCGAAGCUGAAGGACAACCUGAUCCAACUUACCGAUGGGUGAAAAACGGCAAAAAAUUCGAUUGGCAAGCAUACGAUAAUCGUAUGUUGCAGCAACCUGGUCGUGGUACCUUGGUUAUUACUUCACCAAAAGAUGAAGAUUUGGGACAAUACCAGUGUUUUGCCGAAAACGAAUUCGGUAUAGCCACAUCAAACUCUGUGUUCGUACGCAAGGCUGAACUGAAUGCAUUCAAAGAUGAAGCUGCCAAAACCGUAGAAGCCAAUGAGGGUGAACCCUUCUCGCUGCAAUGUGAAGCACCUGACGGUUGGCCAAAGCCCACAGUCAAUUGGUUAAUUCAACAGUCCAUCGAUGGUAAUAUAAAAUCGAUAAAUAACUCUCGCAUGACUUUGGAUCCCGAAGGCACAUUGUGGUUCUCGAAUGUUACACGAGAAGAUGCCAGUGAUGAUUUCUAUUAUGCUUGCUCUGCGACCUCAGUGUUCCGCAGUGAGUACAAGAUUGGUAAUCGUGUUCUUUUGGAUGUUAAGCAGACCGGCAUUAGUGCUUCCCAAAAUAAAUUCGCUCCCAGAAAACAGUAUGUAACACGCAAGAAUGAAGUUGCUCUAAGAGGUAAACGUGCUGAACUCUUCUGUAUAUAUGGAGGAACGCCAUUACCGCAAACAGUUUGGAAAAAGAAUGGUGGACCGAUAGAGUGGAGUGAUCGAAUAACCCAAGGUCAUUAUGGCAAAUCGUUGGUUAUACGGCAUGUCAAUUUCGAUGAUAAUGGAACCUAUACUUGUGAUGUUUCCAACGGUGUGGGCAACGCUCAAUCUUAUUCGAUUAACUUACAAAUCAACGCCAUUCCAUACUUUACUGUAGAACCUGAAAUGCAAAAUGCUGCCGAAGAUGAAACUGUCGAAUUUCGUUGCGAAGCCGCUGGUUCUCCCGAGCCCACGAUUCAAUGGAUCCACAAUGGUAAACCCAUUAGUCAAGCCCCGCCCAAUCCUAGACGUAUCGUGGAAACUAAUCGCAUUAUCAUUCGCGAUUUGUUAAAAUUGGACACUGGUAAUUAUGGUUGUAACGCUACCAACUCUUUAGGCUAUGUUUACAAAGAUGUCUACUUGAAUGUCUUGGCCUUGCCGCCAGAGAUUGAAGAGCCUCCUCGCAAAGAAGCUACUGUUGAUGGCAAGAACGUAACCAUGCGUUGUCGAGUGUUUGGUGCUCCCAAGCCUCAAGUUAAAUGGAUUCGUAAUGGUCUCGAAUUGACUGGUGGUCGUUACACAGUAUUACCAUCGGGAGACUUACAAAUCCAGCAAGUCAGCUUCAAUGAUGCUGGCCAAUAUACUUGCUUCGCAAAGAACAAAUUCGGAGAGAAAUCAGCGAAUGGUUCGUUGAUUGUUAAAGAGCACACACGUAUCACCCAAGAACCACAAAACUACGAAGUAGCCGCUGGUCAGUCCGCCACUUUUCGUUGUAACGAAGCUCACGAUGACACAUUAAAUUUGACAAUUGAGUGGUGGAAGGAUUCCCAGCAAAUCGAUUUCGAAGCUGAAGCCCGAUUUGUAAAAACCAAUGAUAACUCGCUGACAAUUGCCAAGACCAUCGAGCUGGAUUCAGGCGAAUACACUUGUGUGGCCAGAACAGAAUUGGAUGAAGCCUCUGCCAAAGCAAAUCUGAUUGUUCAAGAUGUUCCGAAUGCCCCUCUUCUCUCUGGAGUUAAAUGUAUGGAACGCCAUGCUGAAGUUAACUGGGAACCACAGGGUGACAAUCGUUCUCCCAUUUUGCAUUAUACCAUUCAGUAUAAUACCUCCUUUACACCAGCCUCUUGGGACGUUGCCUUUGAAAAGGUGCCUUCUACCGAUUUCUCCUUUACGGUCGACAUGUCACCAUGGACGAAUUACACUUUCCGUGUGAUUGCUUUCAACAAGAUCGGUGCUUCGCCUCCAUCGAGCCAUAGUGAAACUUGCACAACACAACCCGACGUUCCCUACAAAAACCCUGAUAAUGUUGCUGGUCAAGGAAAAGAACCCAACAAUUUGAUAAUCACCUGGACUCCAAUGCCAGAGCUAGAACACAAUGCACCUAAUUUCCAAUACCGUGUGUCUUGGAAGCGUGAUAUUCCUGCAGCAUCUUGGGAAAAUAAGGACAUCUAUGAUUGGAAGCAAGAUAGUUUGGUAAUUACCGAUCAACCCACAUUUGUGCGUUACAUUAUAAAAGUUGCUGCCAUUAACGAACGCGGUGAAGCAAAUGUAGCCGCUGAAGAAAUUAUUGGAUAUUCUGGCGAAGACCGUCCCUUGGAAGCUCCCACAAAUUUCAGUAUGAUUCAAGUAACCGGUGCCACUUCAGCCAUCUUAGGCUGGAACCCCGUAAGUGCUGAGUCAAUCCGUGGUCACUUUAAGGGAUACAAGAUUCAAACAUGGACUGAAAAGGAGGGUGAAGAAGGCUUGCGUGAAAUUCACGUUAAGGGCGAUUCUAACCAGGCUUUGGUAACACAAUUUAAACCAGAUUCCAAGAACUUUGCUCGUGUUUUGGCAUACAAUGGACGUUUCAAUGGUCCCGCUAGUGCUGUUAUUGAUUUUGAUACACCCGAAGGCGUUCCGUCCCCCGUAGAAUCGCUUGAAGCUUAUCCUAUGGGCUCCUCAGCUUUCUGGUUGGUCUGGAAGAAACCCUUAAAUCCCAAUGGAAAACUUACUGGCUACAGAGUAUAUUAUGAAGAAGUUAAAGGCAGCUAUGUGGGUGAAAGACGUGAAUAUGAUCCCCAUAUUACUGAUCCCAAUGUGACAAGUAUGAAAAUGGCAGGUUUGAAACCAAACACCAAAUAUCGCAUUUCAAUUGCCGCUACCACUAAAGUAGGAGAGGGUUCAGAACAUUUUAUUGAAAAACGAACUUUGUCAGAGGAUUCGCAAGCACCAGCAGUGCCCUUCUUUGAAUAUCAACAAUUGCCUUCAGAUAAUGGCUUAGCCAAGUUCCGUGUCAAUUGGAAACCUAAUACUGAAGGACAUGCUGGUACACAUUUCUUCACACAAUACAGAAUUAAGGGCGAAACUGAAUGGAAUAAGGCUCCCGAAGAGAAAAAUCGUGAUUAUCAAGAAGUAGCUGGUUUAGAUCCUGAUACAGUCUAUGAAUUCCGCGUUGUGGCAGUUGAUGGUCAUUUUAUGACUGAAAGUGCAGCGCAGGAAGUUGACACCAAUGGUGUCGAUGGUCCUAUCAAAGUUCCAAACGAGAAUCUUGCAAAUGCCGGCUGGUUUAUCGGCAUGAUGUUGGCGUUAGCCAUCAUAAUCAUAUUAUUUAUUAUUAUUUGUAUUAUCCGUCGCAAUCGUGGAGGCAAAUACGAUGUUCAUGAUCGUGAAUUGGCCAAUGGUAGACGAGACUACCCAGAUGAAGGUGGCUUCCAUGAAUACUCACAACCUUUGGACAAUAAGAGCGCUGGUCGUCAAUCUGUAAGUUCAGCCAAGCCCGGUUUGGAAAGUGAUACAGAUUCUAUGGCUGAAUACGGUGAUGGUGAUACAGCAGGUGCACGUAAAGUUAAUCAAACUUUACCUACUUUAUCAGAACAUAUAGAUGAGGCUUCAUCGUAUGGUGUUAAAAAAUAAUAGAUUUUUUGUCUAUACCACAAUACAUACAUAUAAAAAAUUUUGUAAAAAUUGUAAGGUAAAAUAUUGGUUAAACAAUUUUUUUGCAUGUUGAACGAUGAAGAUUGAAAAAAACGACAAAUUUAAACCACGGCUUUUAAAAAUGUAUAACACAACAAAUGUUUUUUUCUCUUGAUAACUAACAAAUCAAUGCCACUUUUUUAGUUAAUGAUUGCUUAAUUUUUUUGAAGCAAACUAAUAAUAUGAUUUAUAUACAUAAAAAUGUAUAAAUAAUAAAAGACCAAAAAAUAUCAUCACGAUUUUUUCACAAAUUUCUAUGCCUAAUGAUUUUUCCAAAAAUAUUUUCAUGUUUUAAAAUACAUGUUUUUAUGUCGAAACUAAAUUUUACUUAAGCUUCUAAUUUUUGCUUAAUUCUGGCACCAGUCUGAAAUGAAUUCUGACGAAUACUGAAACGAUACUAAUAAAAACAAACACUAAUUUUUUUAUUUAAAAUAAAAUUUUAAAAAAUUCUCGUUUAAUUUUUUAUAUCGUCAUUUUAAAUUUAAAAGUUUGGCUUAACUAUAAAUGCAGUUUUAAAACUAAAUAUUUAACUGAAAGUGUCAGUUUCUAUGAAAGUUUGGUUGAACAAUAGAAAAUAUUAAAUACGAGCACGGAUAAAAUUGCUUUUUUAACGUACAUUUUAUUAAAAAAAAUGAUCGUACACUUAUCUGAUUGAAUAAAAUCUAGAAUAAAUCAAAGUAACAACAAAACAUGCUUACUUACGUAUCGUCGUUGCUCCGACAAAAAAGUGAUGCGAAUAUGUUCUUUAUUUCCGUAUUUGCCAUACAUACGAUGAUAUACUAUGAUGAUUUCAGAUCUUGCAAGUAGUGGAACCAAGUGUUGUUGUUUAUUGGACUAACCAAAAAAAAAGGAAUAUAUACAUAUUUCAGUUCAAAUUUAUUUUACAAUUGUUACAUUCAUAUAUAACAUAAAUCACUUUAAAUUUAAUCACUAGCAUUUGAAUUUGAAAAUUCAGAAAAUGCAAGAUCUUUAAAUUUUAUAUUUAAAAAAGUUUCAUGUUUUACUUGGCUUUGUUUGUUUUAUUUUUUUAAGUAUUUUAAAUAACACCCCCAGCUUUGAAGCAACAUCAUCAUAAACGCAUUCAGAAAGCAUCAAAACAUCUUAUCACAAUUGCAAUAUUUUUAUAAAUACCAGCUCAUUUUCAUCAUCAUGCAAUAGAGCUCAAGCAUAUUUAUUGUUAUAAAAUUUUUUUAUUUUUUUUUUUUUUAAUUUAUGUUUUAUUUUUUUAUGUUUUUAAUUUAUGUUUCUUGUGUUACGAUUUGAUAAAUAAUCAACAACCACCUUAAAACCAACCAACCUUCACCAACAACACCUGUUUUGUCAUCACCAAUUGAAUUAUGAAAAAUGAAAUGCAACUUUAUUUUCUACACACCAUGGGUGUCAUCGCAAUCUUUUUAAAUCUUGUGUAGGCAUGAAUGAAGAUGGUUCAUUUAUAGGUCAAUAUGGACGUAAAGGACUUUGAUUUAGUUUAAAAUAAAUAUAAAAAUUAUAAAUUUAA